AUGACGAACAGCCUGAUUCCUCGUGUCUUUGGCGCAGUCGCAUUCUUCUGUACAAUACUUCUCCUUCUUGCACCAUGGAGAGCUUAUUAUGCCUUCCUCGUGCCUGGAGACACAUCUCCUUUCCCUACGGCUGAUCAAGAACAUGAAGAGAAGAGCACGAUUGAGGCCGCCUACUUAUUAGGCGUCGGCAAAGCUGAUAUCACAGGACCUGUCGUUGAGAUCAAUCUGAUGGGCUAUGCUGACACUGCUCAGUCUGGCACGGGCCUGAGACAACGUCACCCUGCGCACAUUAGCCAACGUGUUGUCUACCUCGUCCUUGACACUCAAUCCGGUGACCUCGCUGUACGGAACGGUAUCUUGGAGGGUCUGAAAGAGCUCGGAGAUGAAUACUCAGUAUACAAUGAGCAGACUCUAGCUGUGACGGGGACACACAGUCACAGUGGUCCUGGUGCCUGGCUGAACUACUUGCUUCCUCAGAUUACAAGCAAGGGUUUCGACAAAGACAGCUACCAGGCCAUUGUCACUGGUUCGCUCCUAGCUAUCCGACGAGCCCAUCAAAGUCUUUCUCCUGGCACUUUGUUACUAGGCGCUGGCUCCGCCUCUGGCAUUAGCAUCAACCGCAGUCCCUACGCCUACUUGGCCAAUCCUGCGGACGAACGUGCAAACUACGAGACAGAUACUGAUACUGAUAUGACUCUGCUUAGCUUUCAUGACGCCUUGUCUGGCAAGACAAGAGGUGUUCUGACGUGGUUACCAGUGCAUGGCACUUCACUCUACCAGAAUAACACACUAGUCACAGGUGAUAAUAAAGGUGUGGCUGCUUACCUCUUAGAGGAAACCAUGAGAGCUGAAAAUCCUGAUUUCAUCGCUGGCUUCUCACAGUCUAAUGUUGGUGACACAACCCCAAACGUGCUGGGCGCUUACUGCGAGGACACUGGUCUUCCCUGCAAGUUUGACGAUUCCACGUGUAACAAUAAGACUCAAGGCUGCCAUGGUCGCGGCCCCUUCUUCCAGUUCUCCGAUCAAGGUACACGAUCAUGCUUCGAAAUCGGUAAAAGACAGUCGGAUGCUGCAUAUGCCAUUCUCAAAGGUGACAAUCUGGCACCACUAGAUUCCAUCGUUGUAUCUUCGGUCCACAACUUUGUCGAUUUGUCCAAUUAUACAUUCGUCUCACCAUUCAACCAGUCUCGUGAGCUUCACACCUGCUCCGCCGCUCUAGGCUAUGGAUUCGCUGGAGGCACCACCGAUGGUCCAGGAGCUUUUGAUUUUGCGCAAGGUACAAACGACACCGACGAUGACUCUCCGGCUCUGAAGAAUCCUCUGUGGAGGGUCGCUCGAGCUUUCGUUCACGCUCCAUCCGACGAACAAAUCAAGUGUCAAAGCCCGAAACCAAUCCUGCUUGACGUCGGUGCUGCAAAAAAGCCCUAUGCAUGGUCGCCGAAUAUAGUCAACAUCCAGACUUUACGAAUUGGCUCUCUGAUCAUUGUUGUUGUUCCAGGCGAGGCCACCACCAUGAGCGGUCGAAGAUGGCGAGAAGCGGUUGCGCAAAGCGCCAACAAUGUGCUUGGCAUUGAUAGCCCUCGUGUCGUGAUCGGUGGCCCAGCCAACACGUAUGCCCACUAUAUCGCCACCGAGGAAGAGUAUGGUGUUCAGAGGUAUGAAGGUGCAAGCACUCUGUAUGGUCCGCACACACUUGCAGCACAUAUCAACUUGACCCUGACCUACCUGCCGUAUCUCGAUCCUUCGAACGAAUUGCCAUCACUUACUGGGCCCCAGCCACCACUCAAUGUCAACAAAUCUCUAAGCUUUAUCACUGGUGUGGUAGUGGACAACCCUCCUUUCUUCAAAAGCUUUGGUCAGUCCUUGACUUCGCCAGAUCCAUCCAAGACUCAUAUCGCUGGGGAAGUGGUCAGCGCUGUCUUUGUCGGGGCUAAUCCUCGCAAUGACUUUCACCUUGAGGAUACCUUCGCAGCUGUAGAGCACUAUGACUCGGUCGCUGGCAAAUGGACUCAAAUUAGAUCCGAUCGUGACUGGUCACUUGUCUACCAUUGGCAGCGCAAGAGCACAAUCCUCGGCACCAGUGAAGUUCGAAUAGAUUGGGAAAUCGAGCCUAACCUGAAUUUCAACAACAGACAAUUAUAUCGGAUACGAUACUAUGGCGACGCGAAGCACAUUGGUGGAAGUAUAACGCCUUUCGAUGGUACGAGCGGCACUUUCUACAUUGGUGCACCAGCUUCGAACAGCAUCGAUAUCGAGCUUACCCGCGAAGCACGAUCUAGUGAUCGUAGCAUAAGCUGA